GACAACUUUCAGUGCGUGGCAGCGUGCGGGCGGUGCGUGGCGGCGCUCCGAGCUCCGCUGCCACUCCGUGCUCUGCUGCCGCUCCGCGCCGUCGGCCGCCGCUUCCAGGUACGUCUGCACGGAGCCCUCUGACCCCAGGCGUGGCCGUGGCAGCGCCGCGAUGCACCGCGGCUCAGUCCUGUCGCGGGUUUCUCCCUCGUGAGCCACCGGUGUGUCUGCUUUCCGAAGUAGGCUGGGAGAGGACGUGCGGGCGUCCCCGGGGAGCGCGCGGUGUGCGGCGGGCGCGGGGUGACGGCUCGGGCUGCGCGCUGCCGCCUCCUGAACGUCCGCCUCGGGCGCUGAGCCGGCAGCCCCGGGCGCCGUGUGGGCCGGAGGGCCGCGGCUGUGACCCGCUGUGGGGCGUGGGCUGAAGGGGCUCCGGAGUUCCCUUCCUGCCCGCACGGUGCUGCGUUUCAGUGCGUUGCAGAGCACCGUGGAGUUGGGUGUCCGCCUCUUUCCCCGCUUCGUUCUCUGCUGUGGAGCGAGAGUAAUUUGGGCGCUUCUGGAAGCGGCGAGAGGAAAGAUGGAUGAGUAAGGCGUGCUUGGAAUGAUGCGGAAGAAAGCAGGAGGGCUUCUGCCACUGGGUGAUGGGCACCGUGCCUCGUGGGGAGGGAACGGGCCUUCAGUCUCGGACUGCUGUUCAAGCAGGCUGUGUAAACCCCUCGGUUGGCUGUGCACUGCGUGCUGCUGUGCAGGGCUGCCGCAGGAGCUGUGCUAAGCUCCCAAAGUGCUGCUGGCUCUCCAGGCGGUUCUCUUGCCUGGCCUGUUGCUGCGAAUGCUUUGGGAUUAUUUUUUUCCAUCAAGAAGUAUUUGUGGCUGGCGUUAAACCGGGAGUGUAACGUGGCGUGCGUUUGGGCUCCCCUGGCAUCGGCUGUGCGAGGUUUAGGAGUGAUUUCUUCACCGGAGCAGUGCUCGGAGAACCCGGAUCUGUGCCGUGUCUUCCUGUGGCGGCGUUCGUGUGUGAGAGCCCAGCGCCUGCAGGUCGCAGAGGAUGAGUGCCUUACGGUGAGAGCUGGUCCUGGGGCGGCGGGGGAAGCAGGCCGGCAGCCUCCUCUGGCUGCAGGUGAGCAUGAAGGAAGGGCUGCGACCAGCUUUGCCUCGGGCACAGACGAAGGGCUGUGUGAAUGUAACCCUUUGUGGCUCCGGGCUCUGUGUUGUUUGCUCCUGCCUCCCCCAGCAAGAGAAGUCUGAUUCUCCCGAAGCGUUUAGGAAGGGGAGAGGUGGCACAUCUGUUCUCACUCUCUGUGCCCCUGAUUUGUUGUGCCAUUUCAUCAGGGUUUGAAGGGCUGGAAAACUGGUUCUGGGUGGUAUCUGUCAAGCUGUCAGUACCACUCAAGUACUCGUUACUUCUUCAUUUCAGUGGUCUGUGUGGGAGAGCACCCACCACCUGAAAGCAGAGCACGUGCAGUCAGGGUUCUCUGUUAAUUAGCUGCAGGGAGGCUCCAGCAGCUUGCAGGGGGAUCUGUGCCUGUUUCCUGCUGGGGAGGGUGCAGGCAGGGGAGGCAGCACCUGGCUGAGUUGGUGCCCAUCAUCUUUUAGAUCAGCGUUUUAAUUGGGUUUACGUUUUUAGUGCUUUGUGCCAAGAGAUCUGUGGAAACCCAGGCUGGAUGUGGCUCUGGGCAGCCUGGUCUGCUGGUUGGCGACCCUGCACAUAGCAGGGGUGUUGAAACUGGAUGAGCAUUGUGGUCCUUUUCGACCCAGGCCAUUCUAUGAUGCUAUGAUUCUAUGAAACAGCAUGUCUUGGUGCAAGAUUAUGAAGGCAUGGACUGAAGGCAGAGGAAUCCUUUACCAUUUCUUGCCAUCAUUUGCAAGCUCAGUAGCGUACAGCGAGUUUGGUCUGAGCACAAGAAGCUUUUUUUUGUCUGGAUGUUGGGAACCUGGGAAGUUCAUUGCACUGAGGUAUUGAUUCUGGGAGAAGCUGGUGCUAGGUGCUUGCCUCUAGUCUGAACAAAGCAGCAGAAAAUAGAGGAUAGGCUAGCAAACAAGUUUGAUUGGAUGAAUUAAUAAGCCUUUUCUACUUUAAUUUCAGAGUCGUGGAACCGCCUUUUAGAAUGAAGAAUAGGUUGACUUUUAAAUGUCAAGUUGUCUAUUUGAGGAGAGGAAAGGGGGAGAAACUCAAUCUCAAGACAGUAAGCGCUGGGUAGCUCUAACCUGAUACACCUGAUUUCCUUAUUGAACGUGAAAGCUUCCUGUAUUAAUCUGUGAGAUUGGCAGUCCGAGCAUUCUGAAUCCUUCAGGUAACUGUGCAUGAAUUAAUGAACAGCUCGCAGUAUUGGAUGAUGAUUCAUGCUUUUUUUUUUUUUUUUGGAGAUAAUAGUAUAUAUUUAGGUUUGGUUGGAUGAGUGUUAACUCUAGGAAGGCAAAAAGUGUUUUAAAUGUAUUUAGUAUGUCACGGAAAAUAGGAUUGCAAUCUUUAGUAGUUUUUUAAGCAAGUUUGCUUCCUCGGCUUUUUAAUGAUUGUUUCUCUGGAAGCAGCUCUGAUGGAUUUUAUUUAUAAGGCAGGGUAGCACCUAUUGCACCAAAACACAGGCAGCGGGCUUUGGCUUCUGAGAUAUCAUCUUGUGACGUGCUGGCCCUGGCACACGUGGGUGCACUUGUGUUUAUGUACUCUGUCACUUCCCACUGGCCAGCUGCCAUUCGGUGCAGUGCUGCCCAUGUUGCAUUCUGGUUCUGCAGCAGAGAUUGGCACAAAUAAUAACACCAAACCUUUCUCUUACCAGUACUUAAAUGCUGUAAAUGAGCUGGUUUUCUCAUUUUCCCUACUCCUGUGUUCAAUAUCAUAAUGGUAUCUGUAGCCAUCCUGAGUUUUCUAGUUCUUAGCCUCUAGCCUGAAUUUGCUGGAGUACGAGAGGAGAGCUGAAGGCUGUGCGUGGAGAUGGCUUGUGAAGAUACAGAUAUCAAGCAGGCUGAGCCACACUGACAAAGGGUGAGAGCAAAAAGCAGUCGGAGGAAACCGCUGGGCUGUGAAAUGGAUGGAUGCUUCAGAGAGGAGCCCGGAUUGGGAUAAUCAACAGGCGCUGGGACAGCUAUCCUGUGGUUCAGCUCCAAGGCUGUGCGUGGGGACGUGGCUGAAGCGCAGCUCCCAGUGCUGGCGUGGAACACAGUGUAUAACGGUACGAGUGAGGUGUCCACGUGUCGUCAUCUAACUUAGCAGAGAAUCCCAGAGCUGUGGGGGCUGGAAGGGACCUCUCGAGCUCCCCCAGGCCAACCCCACAGCAGUUCCCUACAGCAGCUGCACACAAAGAGUCCAGUGGGAUGCACGCCUUUGCUUCCAUGUUGGAUUUUAGCUGUGGGAGUUUGGUGCAUCUCAGCAGUGGUGUUCUUUCUUUAGCACUUUAGCUGGAAAGGAAGCAAAGCGAUGAGGAGAUUUGUUUACUGCAAGGUGGUGCUGGCCACUUCUCUCAUGUGGGUGCUUGUGGACGUCUUCUUACUUCUGUACUUCAGUGAAUGUAAUAAAUGCGAUGACAAGAAAGAGAGGUCCCUGCUGCCUGCUCUGAGGGCUGUCAUUUCCCGAAACCAGGAAGGACCCGGCGAGAUGGGGAAGGCAGUGCUCAUCCCAAAAGACGACCAGGAAAAGAUGAAAGAGCUGUUUAAAAUCAACCAGUUUAACCUUAUGGCCAGUGACCUGAUUGCUCUGAACAGAAGCUUACCGGAUGUGAGACUGGAUGGGUGCAAGACCAAAGUGUACCCUGACGAGCUCCCAAACACCAGCGUGGUCAUCGUGUUCCACAACGAGGCCUGGAGCACCCUGCUACGCACGGUGCACAGCGUGGUUGCCCGCUCGCCGCGCCGCCUGCUUGCCGAGAUCAUCCUGGUGGACGAUGCCAGCGAGAGGGAAUUUCUGAAGGCCUCCUUGGAGAACUACGUGAAGAAGCUGGAGGUCCCAGUGAAGAUCCUCCGUAUGGAGCAGCGAUCGGGGCUGAUCCGUGCGCGGCUGCGGGGGGCAGCAGCUGCCCGGGGGCAGGUGAUCACCUUCCUGGAUGCACACUGUGAGUGCACCCGUGGCUGGCUGGAGCCACUGCUGGCCAGGAUCUGGGAGGACAGGAGAACUGUUGUGUGCCCAAUCAUCGACGUGAUCAGUGAUGACACGUUUGAGUACAUGGCUGGGUCAGAUAUGACUUACGGAGGGUUCAACUGGAAGCUGAACUUCCGCUGGUACCCUGUGCCCCAGAGGGAGAUGGACAGGAGGAAGGGGGACAGGACCUUGCCUGUAAGGACCCCUACUAUGGCUGGUGGCCUAUUUUCUAUUGACAGAAACUACUUUGAAGAGAUAGGAUCUUACGAUGCAGGAAUGGAUAUCUGGGGUGGCGAGAAUCUUGAAAUGUCUUUUAGGGUUUGGCAGUGUGGUGGCUCCCUUGAGAUUGUCACAUGCUCACACGUUGGCCAUGUCUUCCGUAAAGCAACCCCUUACACCUUCCCUGGUGGCACGGGACAUGUCAUCAACAAGAACAACAGGAGGCUGGCAGAGGUCUGGAUGGAUGAGUUUAAAGACUUCUUCUAUAUAAUAUCUCCAGGUGUUGUGAAGGUGGAUUAUGGAGAUGUGUCAGCCAGGAAGGCGCUGAGAGAAGCCCUGAAGUGCAAACCCUUCUCGUGGUACCUGGAGAACAUCUACCCCGACUCGCAGAUCCCGCGGCGCUACUACUCGCUGGGAGAGAUCAGGAACGUUGACACCAACCAGUGUUUGGACAACAUGGGCCGCAAGGAAAACGAGAAAGUGGGCAUCUUCAACUGCCACGGCAUGGGAGGGAACCAGGUGUUUUCCUACACGGCAGACAAGGAGAUCCGCACGGAUGAUCUGUGCCUGGACGUGUCGCGGCUGAACGGCCCGGUGACCAUGCUCAAGUGCCACCACAUGCGGGGAAACCAGCUCUGGGAGUACGAUGCUGAGAAGCUCACCCUGAGGCACGUCAACAGCAACCAGUGCCUGGACGGGCCGUCGGAGGAGGACAAGCUGGUCCCCAGCAUGAAGGAGUGUGCGGGCGGCCGGUCCCAGCAGUGGCUGCUGCGCAACAUGACGCUGGGGGCCUGACGGCGCGGCCCGGCCCCACGGCUCCCGCCGACGUGCAGCCCUCAGGCCCACUGGAAACCUCUCGCCCACAGGAGGCCCCAGGCCUGCUGGAAACCGCGGCCCUGUUGGAGGCCUCACGCCCGCAGGAGGCCCGCCGACCGACGGAGCCGUGCUGUGUUGUCCUCCAGCAGGGCUCCACGUGCCCCCUUCUAACCUGUGACUGCUCAAAAGAAGUGCAUUGGAGCUUAUAAAUAUCAAAACCUGCGCCGUUAGCAACGCGAAUGUCCUCAGUGACUGAUUCGAGAGAAACCUCUGUGAAAUUUGGUUGGAGGGGUUGGGUGCGCUGUGUUGGUGUGUGUGGUACAUCGUGCUGCGGAGCAGCGGCACGGCACGAAAUGCCUUACGGAGCUGAGGGCGCUGGGAAUGGCGGCCGGUGGUUCUACAGCCUCCACGUGUUGGUACAUCUGGCUUUCCUGGCAGUGCGAUGGGAUGCUGGCGGCGGGGAAGCCCUGCACUGGACAGGCCACUGAGGCGGUGUGCAGUUUCUGAGGCCAAGAGACAGCGGGAUACCCACGUGUGUGUGUUUGAAACAGCAGCAAAGUGGAGCGCAAUCAUAAACUGAAAUUAAAUGAAACAACAGAAGAGACGUUGGAACAAUGCUAAGAAGGAGUAACACGCGUUGAAAUCUGCAGUAGGAAGACUGGGUUAGGGUUAGGGCCUGCAGCCUCACACCUGGGAGGCUUAAAGGGUUCUUGCUGCUUCCACUGAGUUGGUCCUCUGUGAGAAACAGAGACCAGGUGUCAGGCUGGGCCCAACCUGCAGCUGCUGCUUUUGAGCAUCACUGUGUCCCUGCAUCCUGUGUGAAACGCAUUCGGGGGCGUUCCCAAUCAAAGGGGUACAACUGUGGGUUGGGUCCGGCUCCAGUAGAGAUGGCAGAUGCUUAUUUAUAUUUUUAAUAAUUUCGUGGCUUAAUCAUUUUGCUUUGUUAGCAUGGUUAUUAAAGAAGCACCAAUGACACGUAGUCAAUGUCGGAGGCAUCCCAGGAGCUAAUGUGUCAGCCUGAGGCUGGGUAUGGGAAGGUGACCUAUCCACGUCAGUAUCAUUUCCAUUGGCCAUCACAGCAGGAUGGAUUAGUGUUCUCAUAUGCAGGUAGUAGAACUUCGUAGGCCAUUCAUAUUUUCUAGAUACAUAUCAUGACAUGAAACCUAGAAGCCUGUUCAAUUUGAAAAGUGUUUGCUGCCAUGUCACAGCAGCUGGCAUGUCUAUCCCAACAGCCCUGCUCAGAGAGCUGUCAGGCACUUCCAGUCUCAUCUUUCAGUCCCCCCAGAACUACUCAGUAUGGCUAAAAAGCCAUCACAGCAGAAGAUGGCUGUAGUCUUUCUUCACAGGAACAGCAUACAAACAUCGCAAACAGAUGUAAACACCAAUCUCCAUGCAGAAUUUCUUCCUCUAAAUUAUUUCUCUGUCUCCUUUCCAAGGGCUGUUCCAGAUGCACAGCCACUCAGGCUGGUGGAUGAUAUAUCCGGAUGCUUGGCUUCUGCUUGUCAUUGCAGAAGUGGAAGUUAUGGAAGGUCCUACAGCAUCCAUGAGCCUUAGGAGUGUGCACUCAUGGUGCCAGCUGAUGGCUACCUGCAGUGUGACUGUGUUGCUGACAGAGAAUCCCCAGUGCACGAGGUGGUGGCUGCUGCACCUCUUAGAGGCUGUGUUUGCACUGGGAGGUUCUCUUGGCAUCGUUGCUUGAAGGUGGUGAGAGGUGCAAGCAGUCUGCAGUUGGCCAGCCUUGAGGUGCGGUCUCAGAGUGGCUUAAACUGAGAAUUUACAUCCUGACUUAGGAAAAAAGCACUGAAUUUAGCCUCAGACACAGCGGGUGUUUCUGUUGGCUCGAAUCCCAGACCUACCUCCUUGAUGAGGGGUCAGAUCCUGGAUCUGCCUCCUUUGAGAGAAUAUGGGAAACCCCUGAGUCCUUCCAGAAGAAUUUCACACAAACCUCUCAUGUAGAAUGAGGUGGUAGUGGUGAGGGGCACCUUAAGUGCUGAUGCAACGUCAAGGGUGACAAAUUGUGAUGUAGGGAAUGAAUGUAAGUUUCGGAGUGCCUGGACCCCAGCCUUCCCUCCAUCUCCUGAAGUUCUGUGUUUCCUUGGCAAAUCAUUUGAAAUCUCUCCUUUGGUUGCGUGCCCACAAAGGGGAGCACUCAGAGUCACGGACCACAUCUGAUAAGCAUGGCUCUGUUGGGCUCCCUGUUUAUGAAAUACCUCUGAAGGGUGUUGGGAGGACUGGCUUCUAUUUGCACAAUGUGUUUAAAAUAAAGAGAACUCUACGAAUGCUAAAUAGAAUUAUUUUAUCAUUGUCACCAGAGACUUGCUUCUAGUCCUUGUGUUAAGGAUUGCACUGAUGAAGUGAGGGCCAGCCACAGUGUCAGUGGUCAUCAGUGCAAUGCGAGCCCAAGGAGACAGGAGAAAGCAGGAACAAGUGGGGCCUGAAGUUCUCCUUGGGUUCUGUGCUAUCUAAAAGUCCUUGCAUUCCCCAUGUGGAACAGCCUGGGGAGACAAAAGGAGUUGGUGAGCCCCAGUCUGUCCCAGCAGCAGGAGUCUGUCCUGGGCUGGUGGUGCUGAGUGGGCACCAGCAGCAUCCAUGGCUUUGUGUCAGCGCUUCCUCUCCGACACUUGGCCGCUUCCAUCAAGAACCACUGCCCCAGCAGGUUACCAUCCCUGUCUAUUUCUCUUCUCCACAUUCGGGCCAGCUUGGUAAGUUGGCCCUCAUGGACACUUGGGGCACACAGUUACCGGGGGGAGCGUUGGGAUUGCGGUGGGCUUUGGUGAAGUGGGAGAUGGCACGAGGCAUGGAGACCCUGGGCCUUGCUUAGCAGCGCUCCUGGAUGAGUGCAGGGAUGAACUGAAAUCUAUAAAGGUAGAUUGUGGAUAAAGAAUUGCACAUUUUCAAUGUUGUAACAGUUAUUAAAUGGCAUCCUGGUACUCUUUGCUGUACAUUGAAAUAUUUAUACAUUUUUUGUAGAAUUAAAAUAUACCGGUUUAGUUUUC